GCGCUCGCUCGCCACCAGGCGGCAUUCAUUGUGAAAUUGAAAAUCAAAAUUGAAACAACGCGGACGACACUAGAACGGUCAGAACGGAACGGAAAGCCAAGCGUGGAAAGAAUUUCAUAAUCAAAAGUUAAUCAAACGCUAAUCGCAAGCAACAUCAACAAUCAAACAAACAACAAAAACAAUCAGUGCCAAAAGCCAAAAAGAAACUAAGCCAAAAGUGUCAAGCCAAGUGGAAGAAGCUAACAGCUCGAAAAUUUCGCAAAAGCAAUCAAAUAACCAAACCGCCAAACACAUCAACAAAAUGGUAGUCGAGGAGACCUGCACCAUGCACUUGGAUAUGGAUAUGGAUUUGGAUCUGGAGCUGGAAAUCGAUCUGGCCAUGGAGUGCGCCCCCAUCGGACGCACCGUUAAAUCGGCCCUUAUCAGGGCCCAAAGCGAGUCCCGGGUGAUCGUGGGACUGUCCGCUGCCAUCAAUGUGCUCUCCAAGUCACCGGAGGGCUCACUCUUCUGCCUGAUGGCCGUGCCCAAGGACGGCGACUCCGCCACCCACAUGCACGAGGUCCUACUGGAGGCAUUCUGCUACGAGAACGACAUCUACGUCAUCAAGGUGGACGAUGCCACCAAGCUGAGCCGGAUCCUCGGCCAGGAGACUGUGGAGUCAUGCUGCCUGGUGCAAAAGACCUGGGCCGGCAAUCUGCAGGACGAGGAGGAGGAGGACAAGCUGACCAAGGCCGAGAAUCAACUGGUCGACUACUGCGAGGCCCACUGGGAUGCACCCCAGCAUCCCAUUGUCCAGCUGCCGGCUGUGUAAGCGAUACAGCUAUACAUGAUUGAACUGAAAAAGCCCCAAAGACAGUGGGCCAAACACGGUUUGAAGCUGAUAAAAAGAAACGCAAAACGAAAACCUGUUGCUGGAGGUUGACGUACUCGUUACCGAGAAUGUCUUGGAGAGUUCCUGAGGGAUACCGACGUUCCGGAGCCAGAUAUGCGGCCGUAACCGAGCACACCAUGUACCAUAUACAUAGGAUAUAUAUAUACCCUUACAUAACUGUAUAUUGAGAAGAGAUUGAUAAGCCAGCGCCUUGGCGAAUAAUGGAAACUGAAAGGCGACCUUCGUGGCAGGCAGGCGGCUGCGAAUGCAGUAGAACCUGCAGCGGAGACACCCGCGGAAGUCACACACACAGAUACACACACACACACUCACACACCGAAGAUCAUCAAACACACACACACAGAAGCGCGUGACCAGCUGCUUCACACACACACACCCAUACUCGAAUACUUAAAUGCAAUUUGUUUUUGUAUAAUUUACUGAUAAUGACAAUUAUUCUGUAUGUCGUAAAUUGCAAAUUACACUUUUAAAGGAGAGCAGCAAAUUGCUCUCGAAUUGCUUCUUAAAAUUAAAGUUUUGUUAUGUUAGCUUUUCCCCAAAAAACAAAAAACAUACAUAAAAAAAAUGUUACUUAAUAUUAAGAAAAAUACAAACAUUUUUGGAAAAGAAAAAGAACAUGAAAUAAAAUACUGAUAUAUAAAAAAU